CCUCCUCCGAUCCCUCUCGCCCCAUUUCUGGGCAUCGAAACUGACACGCGUCGGCCAUCCCCUGAUCGCAGCUACAGCUUAACGGCUGGACAACCUCAGAGCGAAUGCCGCCGAUCGCGCGGUCAAUUCGCAAUCAAUAAGAAGAUGGAGCGUGUCAUGAGCAGACGCGCCGCUUUCGACCAAGCGCUCGCAGACUUUGCGACGAAGGUUGCCGAAUAUAGCAUGAAAGCUGUCGAUGGUCGCUCGUACGUGCUUGUGGAAAAACUGCAGAAAUGGAUGCGAGACACAAAUCGGACGACUAAAUUAGGCAACAAGUAUGUCACAAACAUGGAUUUGCUGCUUCACGCGGCCUAUCACGAACGAAGACACUUCCCUCCAAUCGAGCCGUCGCGAAUCUUGGACCCCGGACGUAACUGCUGCGUGAUCGUUUUCUGCAUUCUCCUCGAUCUCGAGCUUGGACAUUUGAUCGAUGAAUUCUCCAAGAAGACCAUUAUCGAUGCCCGACUCCCUGAAGACCUGUCGUCGUUGAAAAGGAAGCUUUCCCCUCUACAAACCGGCGAUGAGGUGGCCGAGCGAUUCAACGAAAGGCAGUGGAGGUUCUGCCCAGCCAUAUUCGGUCUGUAUAUGGAGGCUGAAUACUUCGAAAACAGGAUCAUCCCUAUUUGUCGAAAAACCCAUCUCAACAAGGGCGGCACUGCGCGUGUGUGGCGCAUCUGCAUGCAGUCAGAGUUCGUUGACAAGACUCUGAAGAACAUCCUUGACGAGGAUAGCUCUGCAAAAUACGAAGACAGAGACUUCGGGACUUGCUACAUUUUUGCGCUCAAGACUUUCGAGGAAGGCCGCUUCCGAUAUUACGAGAACGAAAAAACAGCUUUCGACGGCCUCCGCUCGAAUCGUGGUGUCAUCCGUCGCCUUGGCUGCUAUUCCCAUCGAAACCUGUUACCCUCCGCACCCAGCAAUGGACAAGCGAAUGGCGGAUCCUCGUCAAUGACAGUUAAAGACACCAAGAAUCUCCUCUUGGAAUAUGGCACGUACGAUUUGAGGUUGAUCUUCGGCCAUCAACUGCCUCCGGUGUUUCCGAUGGAAAUACUUGAUUUCUGGAAAGCGUUGUUCGAAGUCGCAGACGCUGUAUAUGGCAUUCACGAGUUCGAAACCGGCGGGACCGAUUUCUAUGGCUGGCAUGCCGAUAUCAAGCCAGAAAAUAUCAUCUUUGUUCGCGGGAAGUAUAAACUUGCGGACCCGGGUUUCGCUCGCUUCAAGAAGGCACAGGACAAAGGGGCCGCGAAGCAGAUCCGUAUCCACGGCGGAACGGAUACCUACGGGGCUCCCGAAGUUCGCAGCCAGGAAGACGUCACCCAGACCAUCGAUACCUGGUCACUCGGUUGUGUCUUCUCACUAGCCGCAACCUGGGUGAUAUUGGGCUACGCUGGUGUUAUUCAAUUCCAGCGUGUGCGCGAGAAGGCCCUGUACGCGUUGCUUGCUACGAUUUACACCGAUGACCAUCCUCUACUCGUCUCUCAAGGCGUCAAGAACGAGGCGAAACCUACCAAGCUGGACUGUUUUCACAACGGCACCGAAGUUUUGAGUGAGGUCGCAAGCUGGCAUGCUUUUCUAAGAAACUCGGUGCGCAAAACCGAUCCGAUCACAGAAGAGGUGCUCAACCUAAUCGAUAACAAAAUGCUGCUCAGGGACCCGAGCCAACGAAUAGAAUCUAGACUCCUAUGCGAGGAACUCCGGCGGAUAGUCACGUUAGCGAGGAAGGUUUUCCAGGACACCAUUGCCGCAGAGCCAGCGGACACCCAAGAUCGUCUGAAGCAAAUAGAAGGCUUGCUACUUGAGAUUGAAAACGAGUCAGCAAAGAAAGUCAUCGAAGCAGACCCACCCGAACCAACCCGCGCAUUCACCAGAGGCCUCUCCAUGGACCGAGAUGCGCUGAAGGUACAAAUGGAACAAGCAGCGCUCAAGCAGACUUCACAUCGAUUUGAGACGACUGCCGUACCUCGCGCUACCACGCCUGCCUCGGAGGUUGUCUUCAACAAGCCAAAAAUUGUGACAAGCGACACGAUGGGUGUGAAGGAAGUGAUUCAUCGCCCGGAAACAGCAUCUGAGUCUAUAGGGAUGUCAACGGCGGAGAAGCGCAAGAGUUUACGGCAGUCGACCUUCGGCACACCACCACGGACCAAUACAGGGGCCACAAAUCAGACAUAUCCAAAAGCUCAUGAGGAGCCCCCUACCCAUGCAUGCCAGAACGUCAUUCAAGCACGGGAACGAAUGGACUUGGAGAGAAAGCGAAAAGGUCCACCCCCCUAGGUGGUAUAAUGAAGAAAAAGCCUCGCAAGGACGAAGUGUUGAGCAAUUACUUCAAAGACCGAGACAUUAAGUUUCUCGUUGAUGACUCCGCAACUAUGGUCGAGCACUGGGACGAAGCAACCUUCUUGUUGGAGACGACUGUUAUGAAAGCCCAUGGCCAGGAUCCUGAUGGACCAGACCUCACCUUUGCAAACAAAAGCUUGGAAUUGAAAAAAGAAAAGAACGCGGAAGAGU